AUAUCAAGUGUUUCUGUCUCGGCUCCCCCAUCAUCAUGCUAUCCCUCUGGAUGGGACCGCAUCAAAGGGAUAAGCCGGCUCAAUUUUAGCCCGGGCGUGUGCCCCGAAGGAUGGACCACUCGAUGGGAUAGCAUGGCCCAUACACAUACCUUGGGCCCUACAUCAGCUUACUGUUGCGAUAGGUUUGUUUGCACUAUUUUCUUCGCCAUUGCAUAUAUUGCUUUUUUGCUCAUGAUGCAUACACCCUGGACAGUGACUUGGUAUGCAUCUAAUACUGCGAACUUGACGCCAAAGCUACCGACAUUGGCGAGCCUAAUGAUAGUGCCGACGUGGACAACUGGUCAGACGAUCCCGGAUGGAGUUUAUGACUAUAAACCGCCGAGACUUGAGAGUGGCCCUGACUUUACAAAAGAUAGUCUUUUCAUGUUCCUAGUUGCUGGAAUUCCUGUGAUUGUGUUCGUGUUGAUCUGCUCAUGCGUCUUUUGCUGCAUAAGGAGCUGCAGAAAGAAGAGGCGGCAGAAAAAGGCU